GCCGGGUUGCUUCCAAAAUUUUCGUGUUAUUCUUUAACCGUUUGUAUAUCGUUUAAUGGAUACUUUUUUGUUAGAAUUUGCUCGCAAGUUUCCUUGUGAAAAUAAAUUUCAGGCAGUCCUCAAAUCCGCUCUAUUCACACACUCUUUAAACCGCGAAGCACUACCGGUACAGCAAUAUCGGACGAGGUGUCGAAAAUGUAACGUGCCUUGGGAGGACGGAUUUUUCACGGUCACACUACUGCCACCGAGCAAGCAAUGUCUGAAACAGAUCGAGAAAUACGAGUCCAUGACCGAACCUACGAGGCCGCAGCAAUCGUUGCUGAAAUAUCUCAAAAGCCGUACCAGAAGGAUCGCGAAAUACACGUGCAGUAUUUGUUCUUUCAAAACACGUGUGAGAUUGGAUCAGAAGAUGGUGCUUCAAAAGCCGCAAAAUGAUUCAGCGCCCUCUACGGCUCCGGAGGUAGUGGAGGUCGAAGAGCACAACAGAAAAAAACGAAAACGUCGUGGAAAGUCGAAUGCCGGCUUGCCAAUACCUACCAGCAAUAGCAGCAGUAAAAGCGGUCUCUCCACUACUCCAUUACCACAGGCCUCUGCAAAUAAGACCCCUCAAACCUUGCUUAGCAGAAAGACACACACGAAGCAAUUCAAGCCGCAAGAUUUUCGAGAAAUUCAAAAGCUACUUGCUGCCCAACUUGCGGGCACCGCUAAUACCAAAGCUUCCAAGAAAAAAUUUGGAAAACUGUAA